CUCCUUCUCCGAGCCGCUUGGGCGCGCAGGGCCGGUGCCGGGACGGACGGACGGACCGAGAGGAUCGUGUGCGGCGGGGACCCGGGUCCCACCCCGCGCCGGCUACCCACGACCCGAGCUCGAGUGGCGCCCCCGGGACCCUCCGGACCGUGGUGGCUGCCGGGUCUCCGACGGGAGCCGUCCCUUCCCGGGUGUCCGCGUCCCCACGGGCACUAUGAACGAAGAGGAGCAGUUUGUCAACAUUGACUUGAACGAUGACAACAUCUGCAGUGUUUGUAAACUGGGAACAGACCAAGAGACGCUGUCCUUCUGCCACAUCUGCUUUGAGCUGAAUCUCGAGGGAGUACGAAAAUCUAGUCUUUUACACACCAAAUCACUGAGAGGCCAUAAAGACUGCUUUGAAAAAUAUCAUUUAAUUGCAAACCAGGAUUGUUCUCGAUCCAAGCUUUCCAAAAGUACCUAUGAAGGCGUUAAAACCAUUCUGAGUAAGAAGAUAAACUGGAUUGUACAGUAUGCACAAAAUAAGGAUAUGGACUUGGAUCCCGAGUGUUCCAAAAAUACCCAACCUCACCUGUUUAACCUCAGGCAUAAGCCAGAUAAGAAAUUGCUCCCACAGUUUGACUCUCAGGUGCCAAAGUACUCUGCCCAAGGGAUCGCUGGGAACACGGGUGCCGUCUCGAGCUACACACAAAGGAUUUGGGAGCAGGGGGAAAAUACAGACUACGGGCUUGCUCUAUUGCAAGGCUCAGAUGCACUGUGGCCUCACAAACACAACCAGGCGCAGAAGAAAGAAGAGAUGAGCUCCGGUCCAGAGGCAGCUGUCCCGGCCCAGAAUCCUCAUUACAGCAGAGAGCAGCUGAAUUCAAUGACUCUUGAGGAAGUAGAAGAACUGAACACAAGGCUCCAGCAGCAAAUCCAGGGAGUUUUUGAAGAGUUAACGCACCAAGUGCAAGAAAAAGACUCUCUGGCGUCCGAGCUCCAUGUCCGCCACGUUGCCAUCGAGCAGCUUCUCAAGAACUGCUCCAAGUUACCAUGCCUGCAAGUCGGCCGGGCAGGAGCGAGGUCACACCUGCCCAUAAACAACUGAACUGCACGUAGUUCCUGUGCUUCCCCUGCUGGUCUGCCGAGCAUGUGUACCUAGAAAAUGUUUGAAGAAAGUUACGGUCCAUUUUUAUGGUUGUUGUACUUGCAAAACAUAAGAUAAUAUUUAUUAUCUUUACCUAAUAAAGCGGAUCACUCUA